CUUCAUUGCCUCGGUACGAAGGUGGUUGAACCAUAAACUUCUUGUAUCACGACCUAUCCUUCCUUGUCCAAGGUCAAGAAUGCCUGGGAGCAUUAUUCUUUGCUGUUCUACUCUUAUUUAAUCAUAUUCCAAUUCUUUACGUUCAGUCGUUUCGUGAGCCCGCCCUUCCUAGAUCCCGCAUUGUUUCCUGGCAAUCGAGCUUGCUUCCUCGAUCGACACCACUCCCACAGUUUCGAGCACCUUCACGAUGGCUGGGCAAUCGAAAGAGGCCCUGAUUCCUCCCUGGGGACUGGCCGUCGCUGGCGCCACUGGCGCAGUGAUUGCGAAUGCAAUCGUAUAUCCUCUAGACAUAGUCAAAACCCGCCUCCAAGUGCAAGUCAAACGAAACCCAAGUGACCCUGCUCCAACAGGUGUCGAUGCUACGCAUUACACUUCAACCUGGGAUGCAAUCUCCAAGAUUGUUGCAGACGAUGGACUUAUCGGCCUCUACGCUGGGAUGAAUGGUGCGCUUAUUGGUGUGGCCUCAACGAAUUUUGCAUACUUCUACUGGUAUUCCGUUGUUCGGACUCUGUAUCUGUCCUCGCAGAAAGUACCGGGUCCACCAAGCACGGCAGUUGAACUCUCGCUGGGUGCGGUAGCAGGAGCAGUUGCCCAGAUCUUUACAAUCCCGGUCGCUGUCGUAACAACCCGUCAACAGACCCAAGGAAAAGGCGAAAGGAAGGGGAUGAUAGACACGGCCAAGGACGUUAUCGAUAGUGAAGAUGGAUGGAGUGGCCUUUGGAGAGGUCUUAAGGCUAGUUUGGUAUUGGUUGUGAAUCCUGCCAUUACAUACGGUGCCUAUCAAAGACUGCGGGAGGUUAUGUUUCCUGGCAAGCUCAAUCUCAGACCCUGGGAAGCUUUCUUGCUAGGAGCUAUGUCUAAAUCGCUUGCGACGAUUGCAACACAACCCCUCAUUGUGGCUAAGGUUGGACUUCAGUCGAAACCACCACCAUCUCGUGGAGGGAAACCUUUCAAGAGCUUCAUUGAAGUCAUGCAGUUCAUUGUCCACAACGAAGGGUGGCUAGGAUUGUUUAAGGGUAUCGCCCCUCAGAUCUCGAAAGGUCUUAUCGUACAAGGCCUUCUUAUGAUGACGAAAGAACGGAUGGAACUUCUCUUCAUUGUAUUAUUCCGAUAUUUGAAGAAGAUGAGAUCUGAGCAGCUCCAGAAGGCUGCGGAUCUUGCUGCUUCAAAAGCGAAGCAAGUGUUACCCUUGGUUACGAAGUAGACAAUAGAACUAAUGCAAUUUCCUGGUUAUGACGAGCUCAGAUAUAAGUGAGGGCCGGAUUUUAGAACGGUCAGGCGUUGUGUAAAUAUAUUACUGGUCGUGAGUAUAUAUGAAUUCUGUAAGGCGCUUUGCAUUACUGUGCAAUUCCAGAAC